AUGUUUCCGGGCUUAAUGAGAAUGAAUCUCUCCGCAAGGAUGAGCGAUCUUACUGUCAAGGGUGCGUCAAACUCUCUCUUAAAAAAUAUUAACCCUAUUGCUAAGAGAUUCAAGCACGAGUAUGCGCCAAGGUUUAAAAUUCAACAAAAGAAGCAGAAGGGCAGAGUACCCGUUCGUACCGGUGGUUCUAUUAAAGGAUCUACUAUACAAUUCGGUAAGUACGGGCUACGUUUGAAAAGCGAAGGUAUCAGGAUAACUGCACAGCAGCUGAAAGAAGCAGAUAACGCUAUUAUGAGAUACGUCAGACCUUUGACCAAUGGUCAUUUGUGGAGACGUUUAUGUACAAACGUGGCCGUCUGUGUUAAAGGUAACGAAACAAGAAUGGGUAAAGGUAAAGGUGGAUUCGAUCAUUGGAUGGUGAGAGUACCCACAGGGAAAGUUCUUUUUGAGAUAAACGGUGACGAUUUGCACGAAAAAGUCGCACGUGAAGCCUUUAGAAAAGCUGGUACCAAAUUGCCUGGGGUAUACGAAUUUAUAUCUUUGGAUUCACUGGUAAGAGUCGGAUUGCGUAGCUUUAAGAAUCCUAAAGACGAUCCCGUGAAGAAUUUCUACGAAGAGAAUGCAAAGAAACCGUCCAAGAAAUACUUGAAUGUUUUGAAAUCUCAAGAACCACAAUAUAAACUCUUCAGAGGACGUUAA